AAAAUCCUUAAUUUUACCACAUUCUGUUGUCCAGUUCUCCUCUCGUAGCAGCUUGUUACCAAACUCCAAAUCAAUGGCAGCAAGUAGUUCUUCUGGACAAGGUGCCAACAAGGUAAAUAAGCUGGUGACCAUCCUGAGCAUCGAUGGCGGCGGCGUGAGAGGGAUCAUCCCGGCCACCAUCCUCGCCUUCCUUGAGAAAGAGCUUCAGAAACUGGACGGGGCGGACGCUAGGAUCGCGGACUACUUCGACGUCAUCGCCGGCACGAGCACCGGCGGCCUUUUGACGGUGAUGCUCGCGGCGCCAAACAAGGAUGGGAGGCCGCUGUUCAACGCCGAGAAUCUGGCACAGUUCUACAUCAACGAGUCGCCCAAGAUCUUCCCACAGAAAGAUUCCAUUUUCUCCAAGAUCGGCACAGCUCUGGGGAUGGUGACCGGGCCCAAGUACAAUGGCAAGUACCUCCAAUCGCUGCUCCGUGAGCGCCUCGGCGAGACGAGGCUGGACGGGGCUCUCACCAGCCUGGUCAUCCCAACCUUCGACAUCGCCCACCUGCAACCCACAAUUUUCUCUAGCUUCCAGUUGAAGAACCAGCCCACGAAGAACGCGCUCCUAUCAGACAUCACGAUCAGCACCUCCGCCGCGCCCACCUUCUUCCCAGCGCACUACUUCGAGACUGAUGACGGCAAUGGCGGCACGAGGGCCUUCAACCUCAUCGACGGCGGUGUCGCUGCCAACAAUCCGACGCUAUGCGCAAUGAGCCAAGUGGCGGAGGAUAUCAUCGUGGCCGGGAACGGUGACUUGCUUGGUAUGUCGUACAUGGUCAUCUCCAUUGGCUGCGGGACAUCGUCGAACCCGAAAGGCAAGUACAGCGCGAAGGACGCCGCCAAAUGGGGCAUCCUCAACUGGAUCCUCAAGGGAGGCACCGUCCCCAUCCUCGACAUGUUCAGCGCAUCUAGCGGCGACAUGGUCGACAUCCACCUCUCUGUCCUCUCCGCCGCCCUCGGCUCGUCCCACCAAUACCUACGCAUCCAGUAUGAUCAACUGAGCGGAAGCGCGGGCUCGAUCGACGACUGCUCCAAAGCUAACUUGAAUAAGCUAGUGGAGAUUGGUAAUGAGCUUCUCGGGAAGAAGGUAUCCCAAGUGGAUCUGGAGACCGGCCGGAACGUGGAGGUGCCCGGCGGGGGCACCAAUGCAGAGCAGCUAGCCGAGUAUGCUAAGCAACUCUCAAACGAGCGGCGCCGUCGGAGCACCAGUGUCAGUGUGUUGUAGAUGAACUAGCUAGUGUGUUACAUUUUCGUUCGUUUAAACUUAUGCGUUCAUGUUUUGCAGUAUGUGUAGCUGCUCGUAUCGUAAAUCCUUGUGGUGCUCUAAUAUUGUAUGCUCUUGUACAAGGAAGAAUAAACGUGUUAUGUUGUUUAUGUA